AAAUUGAGAUGCCUCAAGCAGUCCUGGCUGCCGCACAGCAGGUGUGAGGGACAGGGCAGCAGCCACUGUGCUUGCAGAGCAGGUGGUUGGUGGGGUGGACGAGGGAAGAGCAUGACAGGGACGCUGGAUGUCUUGUGCUGCUGGCUGGAGCCACGGCUGUGGGAAAUGCAGGCAGCAGUGUCACAGGCCCGGGGGAGCUCUGUGGCCUCAGGGUUCAGUGGGAGGGGUGGGGGACCCUGCGUGUGAACAGCUCUCAGGGCAUGUUGUGUGCUGUGCCCUGCUGUGCCAAGAGGACUCGGGGACAUCCCUGGGGGUCUGGGGGUACCCUGUGUGUGCCAGGAGGGCAGGGUGGGUUCUCCAAAGGUGGGUGGGUGCCCCACGGGGGUACAGCCCAGCCCAGGGAGCCCUGGGUGACCUUGGUACACACGUGACUGAAGCAUCAGCAGUGUCCCCACUCCCCUGCCCUUUCGUGAGGUGCCUGGAGGGGGGAGCAGGGUCAGAGACACCCCCCAGCCCCACGGAAGCUCCUGCAGGAGCACAUCCAGCCCGGCUUGUUUACACCUCUUGGAUGAGCCGCUGUUUCUACCAGACAACAUCGUGUGUCAAAAGGAGGAAAAUACCGAGGUGUGGAGGCUCAUCUGCAUGCGAGUGAGCAGGAGGGCACUCCCCGGGCACCCGCUGGCAUCGGGCGGCUCCGGCGGGGAGCCGGGAUCCUCGAAGUGUCCCAGGGAUGGGGGGAGGAUGAUGCGUGUGGCCAGGGAGAGAUGCUCGGCGCGGGCUGAGGUGGGGUGGGGGAGAUGCAGGACGGGGAGCCCCCUCCCCUGCUCCCCAAUUUAGCCACUCACCUAGGAGCGCCCGUGUGCUGGAAAGCCCUCUGCAGCCAGGGCGGGGGGGGGGAAGGGAGUGUGUGCGCGCUUCUGGCAGGGUGGGGGCUCCCCCAUUGCCUUUGUUCCCUUCAGACCCACCCCUCGCCUCUGAUUUUCCUUUGCGGCAGCUCCCGUGCUUGCCAAAAGAACGCGCUGGAUGGAGCGAGGGAGCGAGCCGGGCGUGUUGCGCGUGUGUGCGCGCUGGUGUGCGCCUGUGUUGCCACUGACUUCAUUAAAGCGAGCUGUCCCCGAGCUGCAGAGGCGCGGCAGCCUUUAAUUUUGUGGCCCGGCUCCUGCGGGAAGCCGACGCCGCCUUGCGUGCUCCUGCCCUGGCAGCGAAGGGCUGGGCAUCCCUGCCCACCGCCGGUGCCCGCCCGGGGGCUCAGCCCUCCGCCCCUGCCCGCUGCCCCUGCGAGCCGGCAGACGGGUGGCCGGGCUCCCGCAGGAUGCUGAAGAUGGAGUCGGGAGGAAGGAGUUGGACACUUGGCUCCAACUAGGCUGGACCACGCUGCAACCUGUUCCCCCGGCCGCGGCUGCUGCGCUGGGAUGGCUCGCUUUGGGGAGGCAGUGGCCGGCAGGCUGGGCUCCGGAGAUGGGGGCUCCGACCAGAACCGGAGCCGGCAAGGAGCUCCUGCCCCUGCCGGAGGGAGCCCGGGAGCCUUCAAGCAAACCAAAGCGCAGAGAGCCCGGACUAUGGCUCUGUACAACCCCAUCCCCGUCCGGCAGAACUGCUUCACCGUCAACAGAUCGCUCUUCCUCUUCGGGGAAGAGAACAUAGUCAGGAAAUACGCCAAGAAGCUCAUCGACUGGCCUCCCUUCGAGUACAUGAUCCUGGCGACCAUCAUUGCCAACUGCAUCGUGCUGGCCCUGGAGCAGCACCUCCCCGAGGAUGACAAGACGCCCAUGUCACGGAGAUUAGAGAAGACAGAGCCCUACUUCAUUGGGAUUUUCUGCUUCGAGGCUGGGAUUAAGAUCGUGGCACUGGGGUUCGUUUUCCACAAGGGCUCGUACCUGCGCAACGGCUGGAAUGUCAUGGACUUCAUCGUGGUCCUCAGCGGCAUCCUCGCCACGGCCGGGACACACUUCAACACCCACGUGGACCUGCGGACGCUGCGGGCCGUGCGCGUGCUCAGGCCUCUGAAGCUCGUCUCGGGCAUUCCCAGCUUGCAAAUUGUCCUGAAAUCCAUCAUGAAGGCCAUGGUGCCUCUCCUGCAGAUUGGCCUGCUGCUCUUUUUUGCUAUCCUCAUGUUUGCCAUCAUCGGCCUGGAGUUCUACAGCGGGAAGCUGCACCGAGCCUGCUACACAAACAAUUCAGGUGAACUGGAGGAGCUGGACCCUCCCCAUCCCUGCGGGGUGCAGGGUUGCCCCCCAGGCUACGAGUGCCGGGAGUGGAUCGGUCCCAACGACGGGAUCACACAGUUCGACAACAUCCUCUUUGCUGUGCUGACCGUCUUCCAGUGCAUCACCAUGGAAGGGUGGACCACAGUCCUGUACAACACCAAUGAUGCCUUAGGAGCCACCUGGAACUGGCUGUACUUCAUCCCCCUCAUCAUCAUUGGAUCCUUCUUCGUCCUCAACCUUGUCCUGGGAGUGCUGUCAGGGGAGUUUGCCAAAGAGAGAGAGCGCGUGGAGAACCGCCGAGCCUUCAUGAAGCUGCGGCGCCAGCAGCAGAUCGAGCGGGAGCUCAACGGCUACCGGGCGUGGAUAGACAAAGCGGAGGAAGUCAUGUUGGCUGAAGAGAACAAAAAUUCGGGGACCUCAGCCUUAGAAGUUCUCAGACGAGCCACCAUCAAGCGGAAUCGCACGGAUGCCAUGUCGGGUGACGAGCACUGUGUCGACAUCUCCUCCGUGGGCGAGCGGAGGCUGGCGCAGAGGAGACCUCUUCAUCCAACCUUGGGUAACCCCUCGAGUCAUUCUGGCCUCAAAGGUGCCAGGGUGGACGGUGCCUCCUACUUACGGCACAAGGAGCGGCUCCUGCGCAUCUCCGUCCGCCACAUGGUCAAAUCCCAGGUCUUCUACUGGAUCGUCCUGAGCCUGGUGGCUCUCAACACUGCCUGCGUGGCCAUCGUCCAUCACAACCAGCCAGCCUGGCUCACCCACUUCCUCUACUAUGCAGAGUUCCUGUUUCUUGGGCUCUUCCUUCUGGAGAUGUCCUUGAAGAUGUACGGGAUGGGGCCACGCCUUUACUUCCAUUCUUCCUUCAACUGCUUCGACUGUGGGGUCACAGUGGGAAGCAUCUUCGAAGUGGUUUGGGCUAUAUUCAGGCCAGGAACCUCUUUUGGGAUCAGUGUCCUACGAGCUCUUCGUCUCCUGAGGAUAUUUAAAAUAACCAAGUACUGGGCAUCCCUGAGGAAUUUGGUGGUCUCGCUGAUGAGCUCCAUGAAAUCUAUUAUCAGUCUGCUCUUCCUCCUCUUCCUCUUCAUUGUAGUCUUUGCCCUGCUGGGAAUGCAGCUGUUUGGAGGCAGGUUUAACUUCAUGGAUGGGACUCCCUCGGCCAACUUUGAUACCUUCCCUGCAGCCAUCAUGACGGUGUUUCAGAUCCUGACAGGCGAGGACUGGAAUGAGGUGAUGUACAAUGGCAUCCGCUCCCAGGGAGGCGUGCGCUCAGGGAUGUGGUCCUCCAUCUACUUCAUUGUCCUCACCCUGUUUGGAAACUAUACUCUGCUGAACGUAUUCUUGGCCAUUGCCGUGGACAACCUGGCCAACGCUCAGGAGCUCACCAAGGACGAGCAGGAGGAAGAGGAGGCCUUUAACCAGAAGCACGCCCUUCAGAAAGCCAAAGAAGUCAGCCCCAUGUCUGCCCCAAACAUGCCUGCUAUCGAAAGAGACAGGCGGAGGAGACACCACAUGUCGAUGUGGGAGCCACGCAGCAGCCACCUGCGGGAGCGUCGCCGGCGGCACCACAUGUCGGUGUGGGAGCAGCGCACGAGCCAGCUGCGCCGGCACAUGCAGAUGUCCAGCCAGGAGGGCAUCAACAAGGACGAGCCGCCCCUCAUCAAUCCCCACGCCAGCAUCUUCCGCAGGAAGAGACCCGGGGAGGGUGUCACCCUGGAGAAAUGCGCUGAGGAGCAGGGCAAGGGCGAGCACGAGGGACCCGAGCAGCCAGUCCCGGGGGCCAACCCCGGCAGUGGGGAGGACAGGACAUCGCCACGGGCCAAGCGGGACGUGUGGCAGCAGAAGUCUUGCCAUGGGAACUGUGAGCCAGGAGAACAGGACGGGGCAGGAGGCAGCAUCGAGGACAGGGCGAGGAUGAGGCAGAGCCAGCGGCGCAGCCGGCACCGCAGAGCCCGCAUGGAGGGGAAGGACACGGCUGGCAUCUUGGGGAGCCGCUCGGCCAGCCAGGAGAUGGGGCUGGAGGAGACCAGCACUGCCGAGGGGGCACAGGAUGGGGACCGGCGUGGGGACAUGGCUGCAGCAGAGGCGCUGAUUCUGGGGGAGCCAGAGGCAAGCGGAGAGUCCAUCAGGACAAACGGGGUCCCUGCUGGCGAUGCCGAUCUGAUCGGGACCACCAAGAAAGGGAGCCCCCCACACGCCGCACCUCAGCUCUCCCAGGGGAAGACGGGCAACCUGACGGAGCAGGAGUGCAGCAGCCCGGACACGAGUGAGCAGGCACUGCUGGAGCCCAGCCGCACCGUGAGCCACAGUGAGCCUGACCUCUCCUCCAUCACCCCCAACACCGAGAAGGCCACCGAGAGCACCGCCAUCAUGAUCGAUGUCCACGACUCCGCUGUGGUACAGAUUAGCAACAAGACAGAUGGUGAAGCCAGCCCCUUAAAGGAGGCCGAGACCAAAGAGGAUGAGGAAGAAAUGGAGAAAAAGAAGCGGAAGAAGGAAAAGAGCGAGACGGGCAAAGCCAUGGUGCCGCACAGCUCCAUGUUCAUCUUCAGCACCACCAACCCGGUGAGGAGGGCCUGCCACUACAUCGUGAACCUGCGCUACUUCGAGAUGUGCAUCCUCCUGGUGAUCGCUGCCAGCAGCAUCGCCCUCGCCGCCGAGGAUCCCGUCCUCACCAACUCCGACCGCAACAAAGUGCUGAGGUAUUUCGACUAUGUCUUCACUGGUGUCUUCACCUUCGAGAUGGUGAUCAAGAUGAUUGAUCAGGGCUUGAUCCUGCAGGAUGGCUCUUACUUCCGAGACCUCUGGAACAUCCUGGAUUUCAUUGUGGUGGUGGGAGCGCUGGUGGCUUUUGCCUUGGCGAAUGCUUUGGGGACCAACAAGGGCCGGGAUAUCAAGACCAUCAAGUCUCUCCGUGUGCUGCGAGUCUUGAGGCCCCUGAAAACCAUCAAGAGACUGCCCAAGCUGAAGGCUGUUUUUGACUGUGUUGUGACAUCUCUCAAGAAUGUCUUCAACAUCCUCAUUGUCUACAAGCUCUUCAUGUUCAUCUUCGCCGUCAUUGCCGUGCAGCUCUUCAAGGGGAAGUUCUUCUACUGCACUGACAGCUCCAAGGACACGCAGAAGGACUGCAUAGGGAACUACGUGGACCAUGAGAAGAACAAGAUGGAGGUGAAAUGCCGGGAGUGGAAGCGGCACGAGUUUCACUACGACAAUAUCAUCUGGGCUCUGCUCACCCUGUUCACCGUGUCCACCGGCGAGGGGUGGCCCCAGGUGCUGCAGCACUCGGUGGAUGUGACGGAGGAGGACCGUGGGCCCAGCCGCAGCAACCGCAUGGAGAUGUCCAUUUUUUAUGUCGUCUACUUUGUGGUCUUCCCUUUCUUCUUCGUCAACAUUUUCGUGGCUCUCAUCAUCAUCACGUUCCAAGAACAAGGAGACAAAAUGAUGGAGGAGUGCAGCCUGGAGAAGAACGAGAGGGCCUGCAUUGACUUUGCCAUCAGCGCCAAGCCCCUGACGCGGUACAUGCCCCAGAACAGACACACCUUCCAGUACCGCGUGUGGCACUUUGUGGUGUCCCCAUCCUUCGAGUACACCAUCAUGGCCAUGAUAGCGCUCAACACCGUGGUGCUCAUGAUGAAGUACUAUUCUGCUCCAUACACCUAUGAGCUGGCCCUGAAGUACCUGAACAUUGCCUUCACCAUGGUGUUCUCCUUGGAGUGCGUCCUCAAGAUCAUCGCUUUCGGCUUCCUGAAUUAUUUCCGGGACACCUGGAACAUCUUUGACUUCAUCACGGUCAUCGGCAGCAUUACAGAGAUCAUCCUGACGGACACCAAGCUGGUGAACACCAGCAGCUUCAACAUGAGCUUCCUGAAGCUAUUCCGGGCUGCUCGGCUCAUCAAGCUGCUCCGCCAGGGUUACACCAUCCGCAUCCUGCUCUGGACAUUUGUGCAGUCCUUCAAGGCACUCCCCUACGUCUGCCUGCUGAUUGCCAUGCUUUUCUUCAUCUACGCCAUCAUUGGGAUGCAGGUUUUUGGCAAUAUCAAACUAGAUGAGGAAAGCCACAUUAACCGGCACAACAACUUCCGCAGCUUCCUGGGCUCCCUCAUGCUCCUCUUCAGGAGUGCCACCGGAGAGGCGUGGCAGGAGAUCAUGCUGUCCUGCCUGGAGGGCAAAGGCUGCGAGCCAGACACGACGGCGACGUCUGGGCAGAAUGAGAAUGAGCGCUGCGGCACUGACCUGGCCUAUGUUUACUUUGUGUCCUUCAUCUUCUUCUGCUCCUUCCUGAUGCUCAACCUGUUUGUGGCCGUCAUCAUGGACAACUUUGAAUACCUGACACGGGAUUCCUCCAUCCUGGGCCCUCACCAUCUGGAUGAGUUUGUCCGGAUCUGGGCAGAGUACGACCGAGCAGCGUGUGGCCGAAUCCAUUACACUGAGAUGUAUGAAAUGCUGACUCUUAUGUCACCACCGCUAGGCCUCGGCAAGAGAUGUCCUUCCAAAGUGGCCUAUAAGAGACUGGUGCUGAUGAACAUGCCCGUGGCCGAGGACAUGACAGUCCACUUCACCUCCACCCUCAUGGCCUUGAUCCGCACGGCCUUGGACAUCAAAAUUGCCAAAGGAGGUGCAGAUUGGCAGCAGUUGGACUCUGAGCUUCAAAAGGAGAUCCUGACCAUUUGGCCUCACCUGUCCCAGAAGAUGCUUGACCUGUUGGUACCCAUGCCAAAAACCUCUGACCUGACUGUUGGGAAAAUAUAUGCAGCCAUGAUGAUCAUGGAUUACUACAAGCAGAGCAAGGCAAAGAAGCAGCGGCAGCAGCUGGAGGAGCAGAAAAAUGCCCCGAUGUUCCAGCGCAUGGAGCCGUCCUCUCUGCCGCAGGAAAUCAUCUCCAACGCCAAGGCUCUGCCGUACCUCCAGCAGGACACCCUCUCGGGCCUGAGCAGCCGAGGCGGGUUCCCCUCGCUGAGCCCGCUUUCGCCACAGGAGAUCUUCCAGCUGGCGUGCAUGGAUCCGGCCCAGGAGCAGUUCCAGGAGCACCAGUCUCUGGAGCCAGAGGUUAGGGAGUUUCAAAGAGUGCAGCCCUCUAACCGUGGCAGCUACCUUCCCGUGGACACUCAGGACCAUGCUGUCUCUGGGAGGGCCUCCUCCAUGCCUCGUCUCACUGUGGAUCCCCAGGUGGUGACAGACACCAGCUCCAUGCGCAGAUCGUUCUCCACCAUCCGGGACAAGCGGCCCAACAGCUCCUGGCUGGAUGAGUUCUCCAUGGAGCGCAGCAGCGACAACACCUACAAGUCCCGCCGGCGCAGCUACCACUCCUCGCUCCAGCUGUCUGCCCGGCGACUCAACACUGACUCGGGCCACCGGUCCGAGGGGCACCGCUCGGGCAGGGAGCGGGGCCGAUCCAAAGAACGCAAGCACCUGCUGUCCCCUGACAUCUCCCGCUGCAACUCUGAGGAGAGGAGUCCCCAGGCACAGGAGGAGUCGCCGGAGCGGCGGCGCGAGUCCCGGUCACCCAGUGAGGGCAGGUCGCAGACACCCAGCAGGCAGGGCAUGGGCUCCCUGAGCGAAAGCUCCAUCCCCUCCAUCUCGGACACCAGCACGCCCCGGCGAGGCCGCCGCCAGCUGCCGCCGGUGCCCCCCAAGCCGCGUCCCCUCCUGUCCUACGCCUCCAUGCUGCGACACGCCGGGGACACCUCUCCUCCGGCCGACGAGAGCGAGGGCGGCUCGCCGCUGCUCUCCUCCACCCUGGAUCCCAACACGGCCGGCCCGGCCGAGUCUUCCAGCUCCCCGGCGGGGAAGCAGAGUCGGCAGUCCACGCCGCAGCGCUACAUCUCGGAGCCCUACCUGGCGCUGCACGACGACUCGCACGCCUCAGACUGCGGUGAGGAGGAGACGCUCACCUUCGAGGCGGCCGUGGCCACCAGCCUCGGCCGCUCCAACACCAUCGGCUCGGCGCCACCGCUGCGGCACAGCUGGCAGAUGCCCAACGGGCACUACCGGCGGCGGCGGCGAGGGGCGGCGCAGGGCGUCAUGUGCGGGGCCAGCAUCGACGUGCUCAGCGACACCGAGGAGGAUGACAAGUGCUAGAAGCUGCCCCCGCCGCCUCAAACCCGCCACCCGACCCCACCUCGGCUGCCCCGUCCCGCCCUGCCCUUCUCCAAUGCAUGCUCUUCGCCACGCCUGGGAAUGAAACUAAAAACCAGAACCAAAUGCAGGGGGGAAACAAAACAAAACGAAACAAAAAACCCAAACAAACAAAAAAGCCCACCCCAAACCGACCGGAACGGAGGGGGAAGAAAAAGGAGAGGGGAAAAAAAAAACAAAACAAACAAACCCACCAACGACAAAGAAAAGAAUCGAAAAAAAAAGAGAAGUCUUUGUGCAAAAAAAAAUUAAAAUCUGUCGACUUUCAUUUAUUACUAUCACUUUUUUUUUCUGCACAGAGAAGCAUUUGAUGGGUGGCAGAGCGGCCCGGACGGGUUGGUGUGCUGGGGGACAAGGGAGAGCCCCCCCCCCCGGCCGCAGCCCCGCUCCCUGCCCCAAGAGGGAUCCCCGGGAAAGCUCAUCCCGAGGACUUUUUGCUCCCCAUGGCCAGAGAGUCCCAGCAAAGGGAUGCAAGGGGCCCCCUUUGCUCUGUCGCUUGGGCUUGUGCUGCUGUGGCUUUGAACUUCCCUCCCCGAGGGUCUCAUCCUGCCUGGAAAAGGGGCAGGAUGCGACGUGGGGUGCAGGGGAUGAGGGGUUGGGAUGCACCCAGACCGACCUGAGCAGCUCUGGCUGCCAGAGGGGGCAAAACUGGUUUGUACUGGGGGUGGGGGGCUCAGUGCUGCCGAAUGUACCCUGUGUCCCGCCGACAUAUAUUUAUUUAUAUACGGAGAACUCUAGGUGUGCCUGUGUGUGUAUAUACGGGGUGUGUGUGUGUAUAUAUAUUUAUAUGCUGUAUAUAUAAAGAUAUACACAUACAUAGAUUUGUUUUAAUCACCUGACAAUGCUGGGGAGCCCCUUGGGGCUCCUGCUUGCCUGCACCCUGCUUUGGUGGGGGCAGGACUGAGCCUCCCCCGGGGAGCUGCUGUACAGAGCACUGGGAAUGUCACCUUGCUCCCUCUGCCAGGUGUUUCCGGCGGUGGGAAUUGCAUUUUCUCUGUUAGAAAUGGCUGUGGCGAGGGCUCCUUGGGCAGCUCGGUGCCUGCAGGAGUGGGAUGCCCAAGGCAUGAGGACAGAGCUGUCCCCAGGAGCACGGCUCACUUGGCACCAGCAGUACCAAGGGGGUGAUGGCAGACCUCUCUCUCAGAGGCCUCUUUGCUUGUUUGCCCAGGAAAAGAAGAUAUCCGUGUCUGCAGGGGAGUGAAGAUGUGAGUGCAUGAUGUACCUUAAACUCUGUCCUCCGGGCAGAGCCAUCCGCCUUUAGCACUAGCCCUGCCUCAGUUUCCCCUGCAGCCAUGGCCUGUGCCCUCUCCGGGGGCCUGGCACCCCUUUGGAGAAGGACUGCCAUGGGGGGCUGGCUGUGCAAACCCCAUGGCCCUGGUCUGGGAGCAGGUGUGUGUCCAAGAGCUGGGGAAGGAGCUUUGUCCUGAGCAGGGUGGCUCAGCCCUCCUGCAAACCCUGAAAAUGCAGCACAGGGCCACCUUCCAGCGCCAGUCAUUAAUUAAUCUGCUAAUUAUAUGCUGUCGGCUCUCAACGAUCCAUGCUGUGGGUACAGUGCUGUGCCUGCCAGCUUGGGGAGGUGCUGCUGGUGGCCCGUGCCGAUGGGUGGCUCGCCCUGGUGACUUGUGCUGUGUUUCUGCUAUGAGUUGUGUCUGUCGCCAGCCAGAGCUUGGUCCCGGGGAGCUGGAGGGUGCUCCAGCCUCCUGUGCCUCCCUGUGCCUUUGGAGCCUCAGGGAAGGGCUUGUUCUGUGGGCUGGGGGAUGCUCGGUGCAUUUGGACCGGCCAUGGUGGCCAUGAGUGGAGAUGGGACAUGGAGAUGGGCAGGUUAGGGCAGUACAGCACUCACCCUGCCCUUCCUCCUGCCCCCAGCUUUGCUUUGCUGCAGGUUGUUGUGGCCUGGGGCUUUGGGGCUGUUGUCCAGCUGAGCAGCAGCCCUGGCCAGGCUUUGCUUUGGUCCUGGAUAGCUCGUGGCUUCUCCUGACGGAAAGAUGCACCAAGUGCCCUGCUCCUCCUGCAUGUGCGGAUCAUGACCCGAUCUCUUUGUGAGCUCCCCCGAGGGAGCUCUGCUUUGUGAGAAGCAAAUCCCAGUGGCUGUGAGCCUUCCUGCUCCAGGGCUCGUGCAUGGACCAACCCCCCUCCUUGUCAUGGCCAAAGUGCCCUCUGUACGCCCCUCACAGGGCCCAAAGCUGCUCCUGCCUCCAGCGGUCCCUGAUGGCGGGUGGCACCUCUGCCGUCCCAACCAGACACUUCCACCUGCCCAGGCACCCAAAAACUCCACAGGCAGACCUCUCCAUGCCUUUGGCUCAGAUCCUGCAUAUCCCCCCUCUGGGCUCUUGGGGACAAUCCAUGUCUCACGCAGCCGUGGGGAAGGUCCCUGGUGGUGGCUGGGGACACGGGCAUCACCUGCUCCCUUCCAGCCAUCCGUGAGCAGUUCGUGGCUUUACCCUGAAGCUUCCGGAACGUUGCUCCCAGUGGCGGAAUUUGGGAGAGCCGGGUCUGGCGGGCAGCGUGGGAUCGCUGAGACCGGGGGCCAGGGACGCGAUGCUGCUGGGGGCCGGGGAAGGCGAUGCCGUACCUGCUCUAAAUAUAGGUGUCGGUAUCGCCUCCUUCUAAAUGCGGAAAGGUGUCUGACAAUGCGCCGGGCUCUGAGUAAGAGCCCGCGGAGGGGGGGAGGAGGCGGCUUUUUGUGUCUGUGCCUGGCGGGUGGGAGGGAGGCAGCGAUGCUCUCCAAGCGGGGGCACGUUUCAUGCGGAUUUCGAGCUUUUUGGGCGCUUUUCUUUCCUCAGCCCCGGCAUGGGGCCGGCGAGCGGUGUUGGUGGUGCUCCGCAGCGGUGGCACAGGAUGGGGCACAGCCCCCGGGGCGUGCCCGCGCUGCCACACCGGGCUGCAGAGCCCGAACCUGAGCUUUUUGGCAUGUCAGCCCUGUGUUUAACUAACGUACAGAAACUGUGUGGAACAAAACACAGCCCCUUUUUACCCGGAAAGGGUCCGAAAACGCCCCGCUUCUGCCUCUCCUGAAGCAGCCACAGCGCUGCUCCCGCGGUGGGGGGACAGGCAGGCACCUGCGGGGACACGGUGGCACCUCCACAGCGCGUCUCUGAAACCAAAAACAACCCCCAGGAGAACCACGGGAAGGACUGUGCCGAGGGGGGAGGCAAACCAGCCCCAGGGCACCACUGCAGCCUGUGCCUCGCUUUUCAAGGCGCUGGACUCGGCUUUGCUGCUGCUGUACGAUCUCUCCUCUGUGUAUUUUUGGACAUUUCCGCAGCCUCCCGGACACCAGGACUGUGCCACUCGGUGGCUGCUGGCCGUGCUGGGCCACGGGAGGCAGGAUGGGGACGGGGGGGGAUGUAUUUCAACCUCUGCCCGCAUAGGACAUGCCCUGGGCGGACAGGAGUUCACCGGUGGCAUGCAACUGGUUCCCAGUUCGGUGCCGGGACUGGAUUCGAAGCCCUGCAAAUCUCCUGGGGGGGCUGUGGUGGGUGUGCGAGGAGGUGUGGCAGCCCUGGCACACGGAGCCCCGCUGUCCCCUCCAGGCUGGCUGUCCCAGCACCAUCCUCCUGCCCCCCCAGGAGGCCUCGGAUGGCAGAGCCCCCCAGGCGUGGGGCUGGUGUCUCCUGGGGCCGUGGGAGGGAGGGUGGGAGAUGCUCUGCCUUCAUGCCCCAGGCUCUGGGGUGGGAUGUUGUAACAUAACCUGCUCGUUUGGACCCAAACGGGGAACCGAGCUGACCACCAACAAUAUACAACUCCUCAAUGUUUUUUGUCAAAAGGAAAGAAAAAUAAAACCUUGUUGUAAAGAA